AUGGGGAUAGACGGGCAACAAACCACUCACGGCCAGAGCUAUGCUUACACUAGUCCCUACUGGGCCGAAUUCUACGACAUGUGGGUUGAAGAUAUCGUUGGUCCGACUGCACUGGCAAAAGAUGACGACUUCUUCUUCAGCUUACUAUCCCCAUUCCUAUCGAGCAACAGUUCCAUUCAGGAGCCACUGCGAGUAGUGGACAUGGCGACAGGCACGGGUCGAGUCAUUCGUGGGAUAUUACGAAAGAUGGAAUCGCAUGCACAAACAAAAAAGCCCCUGGAAAAUCAAGACAGAAUCGAGAUCUGGGGUAUCGAUCAUAGUCAAGCGAUGAUUGAGCGCGCCAAGAGCCUUCUGGAAAUGAAAUUGCAACCCUCGACAACUCUGAUAUGGCGCAAUACUACGGCGGCGAGCUUUGUUGAUGACAACCCAGAACUUCAAAAUACAGUCGACCUGAUCAUUUUUGCGGCAGGCAGUAUUGGACAUUUGACAGCGCCGGGUGAAAAAAAGAGGUAUCUACAACAAGUCGUGAAAGCGCUUCGCAAAACAGAUCAUUCCCGAACACGCCAUCCUGUCGCUGCCAUUUCUAUCUUGAAGGAGGAAGACAGCUUGGAUUCCAAAGAACAAGACAUCCCUAACUUACAAGUCUCCCACGCGACUGAGAUGCGAAAGAUUUCCCAGCGAUGGCCGCAUCUGGAGUAUCAUAAGUCUCCGAUAACAACUUUGCGAAACGAGGACAGAUUGAUCGACUCGUUCAAGUUGAGCGUCAUCGAGACUGCAACUGGGAAGAUUAUUUCUCAAGAGAUGUACUCCUGGAGUUUGAAAUCGUUCAACGAGGAUGAAUGGGACAGGGAAUUAGGUGACUGCGGUUUGAGGAUCGGCCAUAAAAUUCAAACGAAAAGCAAUAUGGGAAGCGAAACUUGGUAUCUUCUAUAUCUUACAAAGUAA